CGACGACGACGUGAUCGGGGGUUCCGAGGACGACUUCAAGGACAAGCGCUCUGAGGGCCUGGCCCUGCUUCAGGUUGGGGCGUUCAGCAAGGGCACCGAGGACGGCAUCGACGACGACGUGAUCGGGGGCUCCGAGGACGACUUCGCGCCGGAGGGCAAGGACAAGCGCUCUGAGGGCCUGGCCCUGCUUCAGGUUGGGGCGUUCAGCAAGGGCACCGAGGGCGACAUCGACGACGACGUGAUCGGGGGCUCCGAGGACGACUUCGCGCCAGAGGAGGGCAAGGACAAGCGCUCUGAGGGCCUGGCCCUGCUUCAGGUUUGGGCGUUCAGCAAGGGCACCGAGGGCGACAUCGACGACGACGUGAUCGGGGGUUCCGAGGACGACUUCGCGCCGGAGGAGGGCAAGGACAAGCGCUCUGAGGGCAUGGCCCUGCUUCAGGUUGGGGCGUUCAGCAAGGGCAGCGAGGACGAUAACGACGACGACCUGAUCGGGGGCUCCGAGGACGACUUCGCGCUGGAGGGCCAGGACAAGCGCUCUGAGGGCCUGGCCCUCCUUCAGGUUGGGGCGUUCAGCAAGGGCACCGAGGACGAUAACGACGACGACGACGUGAUCGGGGGCUCCGAGGACGAUUUCGCGCCAGAGUAGGGUAGCGAGUAUACUAGCUUGUAAGACGGUAAACUAAGGCAGACUGAUCACUCCAGAACUGAUCACUCUUUUGCCGUGCGGCAUAUUCCUGCUCGAGUAGUUGUGUAGCUUUGCCGCCCAGGGCAGCAGCAUCUUUCACGCAGCAAUUCCCAGCGGGCUGCAGCCCAAGGUAGCAGCUCAUGUACAGCGCUGGCCGUUGCAUAAGAAGGGAGGAGCUCCGCGGCAGGCAGUAUCACAGCAUCGCCCCGUUGGGGGGCGUCGUGGGAACCUCUUGGAGCCUUUGGGGGGCAUCUGGGCCGUUGGGGAGCCUGCGUGGAACGCCUUGGGAGCGUGGUGGG